CUCAUCUCACUACCAUUUUUUGUUUUGGUUUAUGUAGACGCUCUCUCUCUCUCUCUCAUUCUUCUUCUUCUUCGUCUAUCACGCACAUUAGGUUUGUAGAGAAAAUCUCAAUCGCUGCCUCUCCGCCAAAUCUCAAGUUCCGUUGCUUCUUCUUCGUCGGGUCGGGGGGCUGAGAAAGAGAGAGAGAGUCCUGCUGCUGCAAGUGAAAGCUGUUUGAAGCUUGAUUAGAUUUAACCAUUAAUAUGCCUCUCUUGGAUAUUCAACCACGAACUUUGAAGUUUCCAGUUGAUCUGAAGAAGCAGACUACCUGCAUGGUACAGCUUACCAAUACAACUGAUCGUUAUGUCGCGUUCAAGGUCAAAACUACAUCACCAAAGAAGUACUGUGUCCGUCCAAAUGUUGGCGUUGUUGCACCAAAUUCAUCCUGUGAAUUCUCUGUCAUUAUGCAAGCUUUCAAAGAACCACCUCCAGAUCUGGCUUGCAAAGAUAAAUUCUUAAUCCAGAGUACUGCUGUGCCUGCGGACACAACUGAUGAAGACAUCACAGCUAGCAUGUUCUCCAAAGCGGAAGGCAAACACAUAGAGGAAAACAAACUGAGAGUCACUCUCGUGAUGCCCUCCGACUCACCUGAACCAUCUCCAGUUAAGGGGACACUGAAGCAGGAAGCAGUAUUUGAAGAUUCCAUGCUCAAGGAUGGGUUAUAUGGUCAAUCAGAGACACUUCCUCCUCCACAAUAUGAGAGUGAGAUUGUAAAGGAGCCUAGGAUGGUUGGGCAUGAUGAGCUAAAGGCAUCCUAUGGUGCAAAGGAGUUGGUGCAACCAAAGGAUUUUAUUGAAGAUGUGAAUCCUGCUAAUGACUUAAAGCCAACACGUACUUUGGAUACUCCCACGAAUAUGGCCAUGGAGAAUCAAGGGUUUACUAAUGGAAUGACUUCAGCUAACGGUGUGACUUAUCCUGAUGAACCAAAGAUGCUUGAGAAAAGAGAUGGUCAGAAGAUCAAAGCAUCGGAUGAACUUAAGUUGGUUAAAGACAUUGAGGAGAUGAAGCUGAAGGUCAAUGCUCUUGAAUCGAAGCUAAAACAGGCUGAUUCAACCAUUUCGAAGCUAAUGGAGGAGCGGUCCAUAGGAUCCCAACAUAGAGAAAGCUUGCAACAAGAGCUGGCGGAAAUGAGGACGAAGAAGAUAGUGAAAGAAAAGCACAUUGGGUUUCCUCUGCUGUUUGUAUGCGUGGUGGCGUUCAUCAACAUUGUUCUCGGGUAUAGUCUGCGCACUUGACUGCUCGGUCUCUCUUCUCUCUAGGCCACACAUAUCUUUAAUAUCUCAUAGCAAGUGUGCAGUCAGAAAAUAAGGAUUCUUCUCGUUUUGAUUUGUUUUGUUUUGUGGGAAAGAGCAUGAUAUGAUGAUUUUCUCGAGGCACUUUAAAUAUGGAUUAAUAUAGACUCUUGUAUAGUUGGUUUGUUAGCUGACACAAAUGGACAUGUAAUAAUGAUGAUGAUGAUGAUAUGCUUUUGUUUCUUGGCUC